AUGGUUUCUCUGGACGAACGUCACAGCCGAUUUCCGCUCAAGCCCGUCGUCUUCCGACGACACGGGAGCCCUCGCAAGAGCCAUCAUCCGCACCGACUGGACCUGGCCACGCUAACUGGACUCUCUUGGCCCCUUUGGAGUGAGAUUCGCGAUCUACUCGGUGCAGUCAGGAUCGUUGAUAGACCAGAUCCUGCGUUGCCAGAAGUCCCCAAACCGUACUGGUUCAUCAGGAAAGCUGUCGUUGUCUUCAAGUCAUUUCCCCAGCUUGGCAUAAUCUUUCUUGGUGGCUCGUAUAUGACCCCGCAGAGUGGCGGCGCAAUGUUGCAUGCUUCGAUGUUUUUAUAUAUUGGCGGUCCCCUGGGAACUGUAGUGGCGCAGGAGGCGUGCUAUACGUGUCGCCGACGACACAUCCAAUGUGAUCGGUCUCAAACUCCGUGCCGGAAAUGCGAGAAGGCCGGGCUGAAAUGCCUCGACAAAAGGCCGAUCCGGUGGGUGCAGGGAGUCGCUAUCCGAGGGGGUAUGCGAGGUCGAUCGCAUCAGAACGAGAUAAUCUCGUCGACUCCGGUCAGCGCGAUCGAGAUGGCGUUGGAACCGUCAAUCAAGAUUCAAGAACCAUUGGACGCACGCGCCUCUACGCAGAUAGUCCCUAAAGAUACGCCAAUAAGUAUGCCAGUGUCCAUGGAAGAUGAGCCACUUGCGAAGUUAGACCCAAGUGCUCGAUAUUACUUGAAUUACUACAAUGACCGGAUAUGCCAGGUUUUCAUCGUAUACGAUAGCAAGAACAACCCGUUCCGAAGUCUCAUAUCCCUCGCUCUGAGCGAUUCGGUUCUUCUUGACGCCAUGCUUGCUCUGGCUGCGCGUCAUCGGGCAAACUCUGAGCAACCGUUCUCCGCCAAUAGAGCAGAUGUUUCUACCGUCUCCACAGACGCGGACCGUGAGGCUCUUCAGUUCAAGUAUCGUGCCAUCCAGGGACUGUCACGGACCGUCAGUUCGCAGCAUUCCUAUCGGGUUGCAACAGUUGCCACGGUAUUCUUGCUAGUAUUCCUUGAUCUUCUAGAGUCCGGUUGCGAUCGAUGGAACUACCACCUGGAAGGCGCGAAGACCCUGAUGACAUUGACACCAAGCUCCGACCCUGGCCGCACUAUAGAGCGAAUACGAAAGUUCAUCGUCAAGCAGAUUCACUUGAUCGAAUCUCUAGGAGCGACCUUUGUUCGACCCGAACUUCUAUCGAAAUGCCCGUCGAUCGACGAAUCCUCGAAUCUUCUGGACGAUGUUAUUGAAGAAUCCUUCCUUGGGUGUCCUGAGUUCAUUCUCACCGCUGUGCAAUUCUUCUCUUUACAGCGGGAUACGAUUGCAAAUGAGAACAGCCCUGGCCAGCCUCGAGCUGAGGAUGUCCUUUCAAUCCUUGAUGCUGUAAGAAACUUUGACUGCCGCGCGUGGGCUUCGGCCCUCCCGCAAGAGUCUGUGACCCAUGAUCUUGAUGGUCUAACAAAAUUGGCGCGAGCGUACCAACUCGGUGGAAUACUGUACGGGCAGCGGAUACUUGAUGCCGUUGAGAAAACCCGAACUUCUCGCGAGACAGUCCUAUCCGAAUUAAUUGAUAUUAUUACCUCAUUGCAGCCGACCAACCUCCUCAAGUGCACCCUCUGGCCCAUCACAAUAGCGGGCCUAGAAUGUCAGGCACGACGGCAGAGAGAUCUGCUUAUACAAGCUCUCAAGAAGUUCUGGCAAGAUACCAAGUGCUCGAACGUCACAAGCGCCGCCGACAUUCUGCAAAAUUAUUGGAGCAAGACCGACCACAAUCCAGACGUGGCGAAUGAUUGGAUCUUCGACAUUGGCCGGUCAAGCCAUGACUGGCUCCUCAUCUAG